CUCUGCAGUUUUGGUCCAUUUUUUCAUGUCUGCAUGUUAAAAUGAUGCUAGAGUGGACACUAUGAUCUGCUUUAGUUCUUUAUUUCAGCUCUUCAUUCGUAAUUUCAUUGAUAGGGCAAUAUUUAAUUACCGAAUGUAGAAACCUAAGACAGCUAUUGUCUAUGGCAAUUUACAAAUAAUAAUAUUAAUAUUUGUUUUAUGCAGAAUAUUAUCACCCCAAAUACAGCCAGAUGGAAAAUAACUAAUAAUAGUAACUGUGCGUUGUUACUACACACUUCUAAAAAGAUGGUUUGUCAAGAGUUCUUUAGUAAAGAAAAUGAUUGUAAAUAGGACCAUGAACGCUCAAAGAACCUCAAAAUGAAACCAAAGCUUUAUCUUUCAGCUUUAUCUGCUCAUCUGAAUCAGCCACUUUUUAUCCCUUAUUCCAGUGUCUGAUUAGAAAACAUAAUGGUAACUUACAGCAGUUAUCUAAACGUUGUUAGGGGGCCCCUUUGUGGCUGGAAGGGCCCUAAACAGCUGCUUAUGUUGCUUAUUAGGUAGAGCCGGCUGUGCAUUGUAGUUAAAGCUCAUUUAUGCUCAAAGUUAAAUACGGAUAUGGACGGAGUUUUCUGUCUGUAUUUCGCAGUCAUUUCAUCCGUAUUUGGGCACAUUCUCUGUAACCUUUCAGAUAUGGGCGAAGUGGAGUUCCCUGGUGGCAGUGUAGCCAAUAGUUCAAGCAAAACAUGAUCAGUUUCUCUCACUGAGUGAAAAGAAUUCCAAAUGUAACGGCCUCACAGGCCAGCAUCAAUCUACAGCGCUGCUUCUUUCAUCACUUUUAUAACGCACUGAAUCAACCACGUCGGCGCUUCUGUUUCCAGAGGAUCUGAGGCUUGUUUGUUAAUGAUGUGUAGCAGAAGGUCUUCAGACACUUCCCAACAGUCGGUUUAUUCGUAAUUUUCCAGACUGACACGUCAUUCGAUUGUUCGUUUGGUCCCUGAAUGGCUGAAACACAGAUCAGCCUGCCAGCUAAGCUCAUAAAUGGCGGCAUUGCCGGUCUGAUCGGAGUGACCUGCGUGUUUCCCAUCGAUUUGGCCAAAACUCGACUUCAAAACCAGCAAAAUGGGUCUCGACUCUACACCAGCAUGUCUGACUGUCUCAUCAAAACCAUCCGAUCUGAGGGCUACUUCGGAAUGUACAGAGGUGCUGCAGUUAAUCUCACACUCGUUACUCCAGAAAAAGCCAUCAAACUCGCUGCCAAUGACUUCUUUAGAUAUCAUCUCUCCACAGACGGAAAGAAGCUGUCGUUGUUGAGGGAGAUGAUAGCUGGAUGUGGAGCCGGCACCUGCCAGGUGAUUGUCACCACACCGAUGGAGAUGCUGAAGAUCCAGCUGCAGGACGCAGGGCGGAUAAAUGCCCAGAGGAAGCUAAUUGGUCAGGCUGCAGCUGGGGGUGGAGAUGCCGGGGUCAGGAACCUCACCGGCCUGCAGAUCACUAAAGAGUUGCUGAGGAAGCAAGGAAUAUCAGGACUGUACAGAGGCCUCGGAGCCACACUGCUGAGGGAUGUGCCUUUUUCUAUCAUCUACUUCCCCCUUUUUGCGAAUUUGAAUGAUUUGUGGAAGGGAGAUGUUGAGGGUCCUGCUCCGUUUUACUGCUCCUUCCUGUCCGGAUGCCUGGCCGGAAGUACAGCAGCUGUGGCUGUGAACCCAGUGGAUGUUGUAAAGACACGCUUACAGUCUUUGACCCGCGGGAGUCAGGAGGACACUUACAGUGGAGUGAUGGACUGUAUCAAUAAAAUCCUGAGGAACGAGGGUCCCUCAGCCUUCCUGAAGGGGGCGUACUGCAGGGCGCUUGUCAUCGCCCCUCUGUUCGGGAUCGCUCAGGUGGUUUAUUUCCUCGGGGUUGGAGAGUUCAUCCUCAGCGUCCUGCCUGGAGCAUGGCACUGAAGCUCGAUUUGAACUGCAUCACUGAUCCACUGCUCUGGCCUGCUGUCAUUCUUCCCUGUGGUUCUUCAUGCUUUAUAGCAGAACCAGCAGCCAGGCAGCUUGAACUGAAGCCUGAAGCAGUGGAAGGAAUUCAACAGUGGUGAAUUGGGCCUAUUAGUAUUAGGGCCUAUUAGCCUAUCGCAGUGGCAGUAUGCUUUAGCUUAGGAUGUUUGACAGUUUGGGUUAUAAGUUUGUUUCUUUUUGCCAUCUUUAUUAUGUUUUGCUUUGAGUGGGCGCAAGCUUUAUAAAGAAGUGCUGCAUUGGUCGUUAGACCUGAACUCUCAUUCUGUGGGUGUAAUCUUGCUAUUGUUUCAUCUCGAUUGGAAAAAAUAUGUGUGACCAAAACAGAUGUGGCUCACACUGCACUAAGUACACUACACUCACAAAAACAGAUGGUUCUUCAAGGGUUCUUUAGAAAAAGACACUCAAAGAACCUUCUCUAUGAUUAUCUUCAGAUUGAUGGGGAUGUGCUGUAUAUAGUUACAAAAAGCAUGAAAAAGAUUCUGCUGUUGUUAGAAGGUCAAGUAUGUUUUGGUACUAUAUAGAACCAUUUUUAAAAGUUCUAUAUAGAACUACACUAUAUUUCCAAAAGUAUUCAUUCACUCAUCCAAAUCAUUGAAUUCAGGUGUUCCAGUCAC